CAGAUAAAGCUGAUGCUUCACCUGAUUCUGAGAAUCAACAGUAACAAAAUCUGAGACACAAGAAGUUGAAGAAUACGAGCUCAAUUCCCUAGGAAGGAAGGAGAGAGAAGCAAGAUUCCUUCAAGCAAUGGCCUUAUUCCUGGAGUUGCUGUUCCUGGCUCUUGUGUUGCUUCCAUUCUUUACUGCAAAUGGACAGGAUCCAUCCUUUACUGCUUUGCUAACCACUCGAAAGCAAGUCCAAAAAGAGAUUGUAAAUAAACACAAUGAACUAAGGAAAUCAGUCUCUCCACCUGCCAGCAACAUGCUAAAGAUGGAAUGGAACCGAGAAGCAGCAGCAAAUGCCCAAAAGUGGGCAAACGAGUGCACUUUAGAACACAGCGUGCCAGAGGACCGAAAAACCAGUACAAAAUGUGGUGAGAAUCUCUUUAUGUCAAGUUACCCUGCUUCCUGGUCAGAUGCAAUCCAAAACUGGUAUGAGGAGCGCCAUAAUUUUGUCUAUGGUGUAGGACCUAAGAGUUCUGGUGCAGUUGUUGGACAUUACACCCAGGUCGUUUGGUACUCUUCUUACCAUGUUGGAUGUGGAAUUGCCUAUUGCCCCAAUCAAGAAAGUCUAAAAUACUACUAUGUUUGCCAAUAUUGUCCUGCUGGCAAUCUUCUUAGCAAGAUUCAUACCCCUUACCUAAAAGGAGAACCUUGUGCCAGCUGCCUUCAUCACUGUGACAAUGGACUAUGCACCAAUACUUGUGAAUAUGAAGAUGUUUAUUCUAACUGUAAUGCUUUGAAGAAAAGCUAUACCUGUAGCCAUGAUUUCGUCGAGACAAAUUGCAAAGCUUCCUGCGAAUGUGAAGACAAAAUUUAUUAAAUGCCCAAUACAGACUGAGCAGGGCUAAGUGAAGGAGGACCACAUCAUCUACUUAUUUUGACAUUAGCACAGAUGUUGUAAGCAUGUUAGCUAUAAAUUUUAUUGCAAAUAAUGAGUCUUUUUCUCUUGGAUCUACUUUUUAUUUUACAGAAAUCUCUUUCAUACAAAGGAUUAAAAAAUAACAUAAUCUAUGAUUAUCUGUUGCUCAUGUAAAAAUCAUGAGCAAUAAGGAAAUUCUGACAAAGCAUUAUGGACCAGAAGAGACUAAGAAAACAUGAGAAUAAAUGGAAUGUGGUCUCCUGUGUCAGAUCUUUGAACACAAAAAGGUCAUUAGUGGAAAAAGUGGUGAAAUCUGAAUAGAAUCUGAAUUGUUUUUGAUAGUAACAUCCAUUCUUAGUCUUGAUAAAUGUACCAGAAUAAUGCAAGAUGAUAACAUUAGGGGAAACUAAAGCUGGGUGAAGGGUAUAUGGGAAUUCUCUGUACUAUCUUAGCAAAAUUUCUGUAAAUCUAAAAAUACUUUCAAA